AGAUAUAUAGGAAUAAACACUGAAGAUUGAGACGUCCAUUCCUACAUUGCGGUGCAAAAUACCUUUCUCUGUUUUCAAGGUUUUAAAUAUCGUUUUAAAUAUCAGACAAUUCAUACUUUCCCUUCUAUCAAACAGAUAACACUAAUUCAAACCCAGUCAAGCAUAUUUCGUGAUUGCUUAGUUUCCAGAAAAUUAUUUGGAGACACGUGAUGAAAGAUUCGCUACGGUGGGCUGAUCUUUUCAGUUUAUUAUAAUCAUAACCGCUUGACAGAGACAACACUGCGCGUAAAGUAGGUGGUACAGAGAGCGUUAUAUUGUAAAAUGGUUUCUACUUCUUUUUCUUCGGCAAACCCCCCUCACAAACAAUUCGAUGUGUUUCUGAGUUUCAGAGGCGAGGACACCCGCGAUGGAUUUGCUAGCUAUCUUUAUGGUGCUUUAUCUGCAAAGAGUAUCUCAACUUUCAUGGAUGAUCAUAAACUUGAGAGAGGCCAUGAAAUUUCUCCCACACUUGACAAAGCUAUCAAGAAAUCCAAGAUUUUAGUAGUCGUUCUUUCAGAAAACUAUGCUUCCUCCACAUGGUGUUUGGAGGAACUGGUGAAAAUACUUGAAUGCAAGAGAAACAAUGGACAGACUGUUAUGCCAGUCUUUUAUGGCAUAGAUCCAUCGGUUGUACGAAAGCAGAAUGGGAGUUAUGGAAUUGCAUUUAAUGAACUCGAAGAACGUUUCAGAGACAGAAUAGAAAAGGUGCACCAAUGGAGGGCUGCUUUAACAGAAGUUUCUAAUCUACGUGGGUGGGAUUCAAAGAAUUACAGGCCUGAGUGUAAGUUAGUUCAAAAAGUUGUUGAAGAUAUUUUAAAAGAAUUGCCUAAAUAUCGAUCAUCAUUUGAGCAUUCAAAGGAGUUGCUUUUUGGAAUUGAAAAAAAUAUUAAGGAAGUUGAAUCACGAUUAUCCAUUGGCCCAAAAGAUGUUCGCAUUAUAGGUAUUUGGGGUAUGGGGGGAAUCGGUAAAACCACCCUUGCUACCAUUGUAUUUGAAAAACUAUCUGAUGAGUUCGAAGGUUGCUGCUUUCUUCCGAAUGUCAGAGGACAACAUGCAAGAAAUGGAUUAGAUCAUUUGAGAAGGAAACUUCUAUCUAAUUUACUAGAUGAUGAAGAUAUUUUAACGAUGGAUACCCUAGUUGGAGCGUCAUCUUUUAUUCUUGACAGGCUUCGACGUAAAAAGGUGCUCAUUGUUCUAGAUGAUGUGGAUAGUUCUAUCCUAUUAGAUGCUUUAGUUCGAGAAAAUCACCAACUUGCUCCUGGAAGCAGAAUCAUUGUUACAUCUAGAAAUAGGCAAGUGCUUAAGGGAGUAUCCGAUGAUAUUUACAAGGUUCAGAGGUUAAAUUCCUUUGAAUCUUUCCACCUCUUCUGUUUGCAUGCUUUUAAGUCUGAUCCUCCGGCAAUUGAUGAUCAAAAAAUGAUAUCAGAAGUGAUAAGUUAUGAGUAUGGAAAUCCAUUAGCUCUUAAGGUAUUGGGCUUUUCCCUUCACUCCAGAAAUAAAGAAGAAUGGGAAAGUGCACUGAAGAAGCUGAAAAGAUUUUCAAACCCAGAUAUUCAAGAUGUGUUGAGAAUCAGUUAUGAGCAACUAGAUGAUAAAGGGAUGAAGGAUACAUUUCUAGACAUUGCUUGCAUCUUUGAUUCAUCUUUUGCUAGAGAUUAUGCAGAAAGCAUAUUAGUUGAUAAUCCUUAUGUGAAAAUAGAUAUUACUGGUCUACUUGAUAAGUCUUUAAUUGAAAAUAGUGAAGUUCUUAAGGACAAUGAACUAUUGAUGAAUGAUUUGAUACGUCAAAUGGGUCGGCAAAUUGCUCGUGAUGAAGAUGAACAACCUGGUAAUCGUUGUAGGUUGUGUGAUGCCAAGGAUGCUUGCUACGUACUGGAAAAUAAAACGGGCACUGCUGCAAUUGAAGUUAUAUCAUUCAACAUGUCAGAAAUCACACAAAAUGUAAGAGUGUGCCGUUCAGCCUUCUCAAAUAUGUGCAACCUACGAAUUCUCAAAGUUUAUUGUGACAAUAUUGGUGGCUAUGGGUUUAAGCUGUCCAUUCCUAAUGGUCUUGAUUCUUAUCUUUCUGAUAAGCUAAGAUAUUUAUGGUGGGAUUUAUAUCCUUUGAAAUCAUUGCCAUCAAAAUUUAAUCCAGAGAAUCUUGUUGAACUUGCACUUCGUGGCAGCCAUCUUGAAAACCUUUGGAAUUAUAAAGUUCAGUCUCUCCCAAUGUUAAGAAGGAUUGAUCUGAGUUAUUCCAAGUUUCUCACUCGACUACCAGAUUUGUCACGGAGUCCGAAUCUGGAAAGAUUAAAUCUUGAAGGCUGUACAAGCUUGGUUGAGCUUCUUUCACCAAUUCAAAAUCUUGACAAGCUUGCUUAUCUAAAUUUGAAUGGUUGCACCAAACUUAAAAAUAUGAAAGGUACAUCAAGGAGCACAGGGUACUUGGAUUUUAUUCUGCAUGGAGGCAUUAAAAAUCUUUUGAAAAACAUUUGUCAGCCGAGUCUCACAUCUCAGGCCCACAUUCCUCAAAAGUUCCAAGUGAAUUUAACAUGUUUAAUUUUGAGUGGGACAGCAAUAGAAGAAGUGGACCCAUCAAUUGGGUAUCUCCCAGGUCUUGUUCAAUUAGAUAUGAGUUAUUGCACCAGACUUAAAAGUCUUCCAACCAGCAUUUGUAAUUUGAAAUCUCUUGAGAUGUUAAGCCUCGCCUUCUGUUCGAAACUUGAAAUAUUGCCUCCCCUUCCAUCUACUCUGCUCCACUUGGGGCUAUACUGUUGUGAAAGCUUGAAAUCUUUAUCAGAGCUUCCAUCAUUAUGCUUUAGUCUGUCUGUAAAUUACUGCAAGACAUUGGAGAAAAUAUCGACUUGGAGGGCUCCACUAUUACACAAUAUGAAAAUCAUUAACUUUAAUUUUUUCUGUGGACAUAUUGACUUUUAUGGUUGUGAAAAAUUGGAUCAGAAUACACGCAACAGCAUACUCGUCGAUCGUGCCGUACUUAAAAUUCUGUUCCGUAUGAAGUUUGGGAUGACUGGCCCAAAUUCUCAUGAUUUUCGAUAUCCAGGAGAUGAAAUUCCAAAGUGGUUUAACUAUCAAACUUGUGGGACUUCAAUCAAAAUUAUGCUUUGCCCAAAUUGGAAUAAUGCCAACUUCUUGGGUUUGGCUUUCUGCAUUGUUCUUGAUCAAAAUAAAACUGACCCCAAUAUAUCUCUUUGUAUCAAUUGCAAACUCAAUUUCAAAACCAUGGAUGAUGAUCAUCUGCAUGAAUAUCAUGAUUCUAGGGCUCUUCUGGAAAGGAAGGUUAGUUCAGAUCACCUGCUCAUGUGGUACGUUGCAAAGCUCGCUUUGCAAAGAUCAGAAAAAAUGGUUGGACUAAAUUGGCCAUCUACUUGUAGAACUGAGGCUUCUUUCCAUGUCUUGCCUUGCUACUAUGAUUGCAUAGAAUUGAGAUAUGUCAAAAACUUGGGAAGUGAGUAUGGCCAGAUUAAGAAGUUUGGUAUUCGCUUUGUAUAUAUGGCAGAUACAGCGAGGUUUGAUGCAGAAACUAAAAGUGGAAAUAUAAGACACUAUGAUGAAUAUUGUGAAUCAAGUGGAAGUGAAGCUAAAAGAAAAAAUGAGAGCUACUUUGAUGAAUAUUGUGGCUUUCAUGGUGAAGAAGAUGUUGAAUGGCAUCCGACCAUUAAAUCUAAGAGACUGAAGGUUAUCCUACCAUUAUCUAAGAGACGGAAGGUUUAAGUAUGUCACUGUUUGCAAGUUGCAGAACAAUUGGAUGCUCACAAACCAAAGAAUACAACAAUUCCAAGAUGCAGCUAAGAGAGAUGCUUUAGCGAUGAAUAUGAUCAUGAAACCAGUUAAUCUAAAGUUGUUAGCUCUGAUGAACGAGGAAGAAAAUCCCAAAUGCUAAUUCAAAGACAACGAAGCAUAUUCUGUGAUUGCUUUAGGAAGGUACUGUGUGACCUAUGCAGACAAUCUUUAGCUUCAGAUGAAUGGUCUUGUAUCUUGGAAAGGUUCUCUGUUCCUCUUCCGAAGAGUCAUCUGUCAGUCGCACAAAAGACCUUUUCUUUGUAAAAUAUGGUGGGGGACACUUUAUAUCUUGACUUAUUUCACUUUGACUGGUUUUUUUAAUGGUUGUGAAAGCAUGGAAUGUUUUUGGUUUUUGAAGCAAAUGGAUUCUAAUAUUUGGUAAGCAAGUUUUGUGGCUUCAUUUUCAAGUUUUUCUUAUGUGCCAAAUAAAAAGUUAAAGUAUUUUUUUCCAUAGCAAUGCCAAGGUGCGGUGCUUAUGGUCAUUUCUGGGGAAGUUAAGCUGUAUUUGUUCUACAACUUUUGUUACUAAUAGUACCAAAUAAGCAGAAGUAGGAAAAACUAUAAUCUUAUCUGUGAUUCAUGUCUGUAUAUUACCUGAUUUAGUAAUAGAUUGCUAUGUUGCAUUU